AUGGAGGACCUGAUCAUGACUUAUGAAGAUGAGGAUGGGAGUGUUAGGUUGCUACCUGGGUACAUAUUUGAUCCCACUGAUGAGGUUCUUGUGGAUUUUUACCUAAAGAGAAGAGCCUUUGCUCAACCACUUCCUAUUCAAAUCAUCCCAGAUUUUGAUGUGUUUCUCAUUGAGCCUUGGGAUCUUCCAGGAGAUGAAAAGAUUUUCAAUGAGCAAAAGUACUUCUUCUACAACACCAUGGGUCGUGACCUUGAAAACCUUGACAUGGUAGUUGUUGGGAGUGGUCAAUGGAGAGUUAUGGAGAAAGACAAAAAUAUUCCUAUUUCUCAACACAAUGAGGUGAUUGGAAAGAGGAACACCCUGAAUUUUUGGGAAGUUGAAGGCGAAUGUGCUAGAAGGACCAAAUGGGUGAUGCAUGAGUUCCGCCUUGUACUAAUAUCCGACCCAUCUAAGAUGAUAAAUUGGGCUCUGUAUCGUAUUUUUCAGAAUAAGGAUCAUCAAAUAGGGCGAAGAAUGUAA